AAUGGAGGAAAAGUGUGGUGAUCCCACUAUAUAAAGGGAAGGGAGAUAUUCAGAGUUGUGAUAAUUAUAGAGGAAUCAAACUUUUUAGCCACACCAUGAAGGUCCGGAGCGUACUAUUGAGGCUAGACUGCGGAACGAGGUGUGUAUUUUUGAGAACCAAUUCAGCUUUAUGUCUGGUCGGUUGACUACAGAGGCUAUUCACCUCGUACAGAGGUUGAUGGAAGAGUAUAAAGCUACGAAGAAAGACCUUCACAUGGCGUUCAUUGAUCUCAAAAAGGCGUAUGAUAGGGUGCCGAGGGAGAUCAUGUGGAGAUGUCUUGAGUUUAAAGGAGUUCCGGUUGCGUACAUUCAUGUAGGUAGAGAUAUGUUUGAUGUGUCAAAGACUAUGGUGAAGACUGUAGGGGGAGACUAUGCUCCGUUUCCUGUAGAGGUGGGGUUACACAAAGGGUCUGCCACUAGUCCUUUCUUGUUUGCCUUAGUGAUGGAUGUUAUAACAGAGAAUGUCCAAGGGGAAGUCUCUUGGUGCAUGCUCUUUGCUAACGAUAUUGUACUGAUCGAUGAGACUUGUGCAGGACUCAAAGACAAGUUGGAGUUGUGGCGUCAGGCACUUGAAUCAAGAGGAUUUAGACUAAGCAGAACGAGGACGAAGUAUUUGGAGUGUUGCUUUAGUGUUUGGGUGACGAAUUCGGAAGUUAUAAUUGAUUCACAUCCAAUGCCUAAGAGGGAUAAAUUUCGGUAUCUUGGUUCGAUCAUUCAGGCAGAUGAGGAAAUGGACUGGGAUGUUGUUCACCGUAUUGGAGCCGCUUGGGCUAAGUGGAAGCUAGCUUCAGGAGUCUUGUGCGAUAAGAAAAUUUCAUCAAGCUUGAAAGGAAAAUUCUAUCGGUCGAAGGUCACGCUGGCUAUGCUUUAUGGAGCGGAGUAUUGGGCUGUUAAGAAAGCUCAUGUUCAUCAACUGCAUGCGACAGAGAUACAGAUGUCGAGCUGGAUGUGUGGGCAAACGAGGCUAGACAUGAUUCGAAAUGAGGUUAUCCAGAGACGUGUGGGUGUGGCUCCGGUGGAGAAUAAGUUGCGAGAGACUAGAUUGAGAUGGUUUGGUCACGUGAAGCGGCCUGGCGUGCAGAGAUGCGAAAGCUUACAAUAGUUAGUGGGGGUGGAAGGAAGGGUAGAACUAAGAAGAAUUGGAAGGAAGUGAUCAAGCAUGACUUAGGACUUCUAGAUGAGGAUAUGACUUUAGACGAGGAGCAUUUGGAGAUCUCGAACUAGGGUGGUUGGGCAGCCCCUUGAAUCCGGAUCCUUUUGCCGGAGUUGUUUGUGUGCUGUCUCUCUGUACUUUUCUUUGCAUUAAUUGUUUUCUUGCAUCAUAUUUGCUUUCCUUCAAUCUGCAAGCUUCUUUGAAAACAACUUUUCUACUGUGGUCCUAGACCCUAUACCUUUGUGGA